GAAUGGCAAGUUGCACAAUGCUCGUGCUUUAUUAGAUAACGCUGCAACUCUUAACUUCAUAACUUCCGAUCUGCUUAACAAAUUAGACUUAAAGCCAAGGAAAGUUGAAGGUAGAGUAACCGGAUUUCGUGGAAAUACCACUCUUACAACUGAAAUGGUAACUGCGACUGUCAAAUCAAAAUUGCCCAAGUAUUCAGAGUCUUUAACCUUUACAGUGAUUGAUCAGAUUACUAGCAGAAUUCCAGGAAAUCGAGUGGAUAUGUUACUUGGCGCAUCGGUGUUUUGGAGCAUUCUACAGCAAGAAAGAAUUCAACUUAGCGACGAACAGCCGGUGUUUCAGAAAACCAGCCUAGGAUGGAUAUUAGGAGGGAAACUUAUGCCUAUAGGAACAACCCCAACUAGUAGAAUUUGCUGCACAAUAACCAAUGGAGAUCUAAAUGAGCAACUAGAAAGAUUUUGGGAAAUCGAGCGAUGUGAGCUAGAGAGAAAUCUGACGCUUGAAGAGGUGGCCUGUGAGAAGCACUUUGAGUCAACUACCUAUCGGAAUGAAAACGGGAGAUUCGUGGUAUCUCUGCCAUUAAAGGGCGAGAUCAAGAGCUUGGGUGAGCAUAACGCAAUGAAGAGCUUAAAAUCCAUGGAGCGUAGAUUUGCGAAGGAUCCGAUAUUACAUCAAAGAUAUUUGAGUUUCCUACAGGAAUAUGAGAGUAUGGGUCAUAUGGAGUUAGUUCCUGAGAAUCAAGAGGACCCAGACGUUGUAAAUUAUUUGCCUCACCAUGGAGUUACACGCGAAGAAAGUGAUACAACUAAACUCAGAGUAGUAUUUAACGCAUCUUGCCGAACGUCCUCGGGAAUUUCAUUAAAUAAUUUGCUGAUGGUGGGACCCGAGACAAAACCAGAGCUUUCAAACCACGUGCUACGGUUGCGCCAGGACGAUUAUGUCUUAACGGCAGAUAUAGUCAAAAUGUUCCGGCAGAUUAAGAUCGCAAGGAGAGAUAGAGCAUUGCUGAGGAUUCUUUGGAGAGAAAACAUUCAGGCUCCAAUCCGCACGUACGAGCUAACAACGGUGACUUAUGGGACAGCGUCAGCUGCAUAUCAAGCAAAAAGAUGUCUUAAACAAUUAGCAAUCGACAACGCCAAGGUAUAUCCAGAUGCUGCAAGGUCAAUCGAAGAUGACUUUUAUAUGGAUGACUGGGGGAUUGGAAGUAAGUCAGUGCAACGAUUACAACGACGAAAGCAGGAAGUGAUACAGAUUCUAGCAUCGGCAGGGAUGGAAUUGCAAAAAUGGCACUCCAACGCAUCGGAGCUACUACCAAGCUCGGAAACGGAAGUGGCUAUACCUGCUGGACCUUGUAAGUCUAAACGUAGUAUCUUUUACGUUAUCGCACAAAUCUAUGAUCCGAUGGGCCUUAUCGGACCUGUAGUAGUGAAGGCUAAGCUAUUUAUGCGAAGAUUGUGGAAAUUGAGCAUCGAUUGGGAUGACAAGAUACCUGUCGAAUUAAUGCUUGAGUGGAAUUCUUAUAAGGAGAGACUCGAAGCAAUGGAAGAAAUUAAAAUACCACGGCAGGUAGUAACAAGGGAAGCAGUACACAUAGAGAUGCACGGAUUUUGUGAUGCGUCUCAGUCAGCUUAUGGCGCGUGCAUUUAUUUAUGUUCGAUUGAUGCAAAAGGGAACAGAACAGCAAGACUGUUAACUUCAAAGUCGCGCAUAGCUCCACUGAAGAUCCUUUCCAUACCAAGGCUGACACGGCAAGAUGAAUGGCGACACGUGCGUACAAAAUCAAACCCGGCAGACAUAAUUUCGCGGGGUAUAGAUCCUCGAGAAUUGCCAAAAUCGGAAAUGUGGUGGUCAGGAUCUCCCUGGCUAAGAGCAAGCUCGGAUCAAUGGCCUAAUGAUAUCAUUAAAGAAAUCCCCGAAGAAUUGCAAGAGAAAUCGCGCGGAACUGUCCUUGUAACGGUUCAAGAGGAUGAAUAUAAUUUGUUGGAAAGGUUCUCAUCGUUAUCUAAGUUACGGCGGAUAGUUGCUUAUUGCUAUAGAUUCGUAGAAAACUGUCGUAAGCAGGCAUCGCAACGCCGCAUUGGAUCUUUAAAGGUGGAAGAGUUGACAGCAGCUAACACUGCGCUAGUCAAGAUGGCACAACGACAAGCAUUCGCUCAAGAAAUUUGGGACAAAGGUAACAAGGGGAAGGUUUCUCGGAACAGCCGCAUCCUGUCUCUGAAUCCAUUCGUGGACGAAAGGGGAGUAUUUCGAGUGCGUGGACGGCUGAUGAACGCAGCACUUAGUUAUGAUCAGCGAUUUCCCAUUAUCCUUCCAUCAAAACAUCCCUUUUCCACUCUACUCAUCAGAGAAAUGUACUAUAAAAAUUUGCACGCAGACAACGGUAGAAAUUUCGUAGGAGCAAAGAACGAGCUAAACAAUCUCGCAAAAUUUUUGCAAAGUGAGUCUGUAAAGAGUAAAAUUCUAGAGUUUACUGCCGAACAAAUGAUUGAAUGGACAUUUAUCCCACCUUACUCGCCUCACGUCGGAGAAUUGUGGGAAGCUGCGGUAAAAUCGGCAAAAUCUCAUUUAAAGGCGGUGAUUAGGCCAACAAGUUUGACAUUCGAGGAGUUGACCACGGUAUUCGCGCAAAUAGAAGCAAUACUGAAUUCGAGGCCACUUACACCCGUAUCAGCGGACCCUUCGGAUUUGACGGCGCUUAAGCCCGGGCAUUUUUUGGUAGGAGCCCCGCUAACCGCGAUACCAGAGCCCGAUCUUGAUGAGGUUCCGUUAAACCGUUUAUCACGAUUUCAAUUAUUAUCCAGUUUCGUGCAAGGAUUCUGGAAACGUUGGAUGCGAGAAUAUGUUACCCAGCUUCAGUCUCGACAAAAAUGGAAAGAAACACUGCCCAAUCCUCACCUCAAGAUAGGCGCUCUUGUGUUGCUGCGCGAUGAUAAUGCGCCUCCGCUACAAUGGAGAUUAGGUCGUAUCAGGUUUUUAGAGGAUCUGAUGGAUUAA